AUGGAACGACUAAAGCAGAAGCGGACGGCUCUGAGGUCUCAAGUAACGAGGCUGAUCUCCGACAUCGACGCAGCUAUCGCAAGCCACUCCGACGAGCGAAGCCUCAACGUAUUAUCGGUGAGGCUCAGUGAGUUGCGAAUACAGCUGAGCAACGUGAACGCAUCCAUCGAAGCACUGGUACCUGACGGAGACAUUGAGCAAAACUACGCCCGCACGAUUGAAUAUGACGACAAGAUCGUCACGCACAUCGCCACCAUCGCACAGGUGGUAGAGGAACUACGACGAGCGAGGCCCCAAGCUGGUGCAACGCGGAUUCACAACGGCGAUGACGGACACGUUGCAACCUCUAAGUUACCGAUUGGCAACCCUUCUGGGAACAGUGAUUGGCAACCCUUCUGGGAACAGUACAAGCAAGCCAUACAUGACAACGACAGCCUCUCUAACGCUGAGAAGUUCUUGUACCUGCGGUCGGCGCUCACAGGAAAGGCAGCAUCGGCGAUAGCCGGCAUUCAAGCAACGGGAGAAAACUACGAUACCGUCGUUGAGCUUCUAAGGGAGCGCUUCGGUCGGACUGACGUUCUCAUUCAAGAACACCUCUCCCAACUACUUGAUUUGCCAGCAGUACGACACUCGAGCGAGGUGAGCGGAUUGCGACGUCUCUAUGACCACUUGCAACGUAAUAUGGCCGCUCUCACCGCGCUCGGGGUGAAGAGCGACACUUACGGAGCUAUGCUCUGCUCUGCGCUACUGAGAAUGCUGCCGGGAGAGUUAGUCAUUGAUUACCACAAGUGUCAACGUCCUGCGGACAAGGGAAACGACGGUAUCAAAAUAGAGAGCCUACAACACUUCCUUAAGCUUGAAGUGGAGAGCCGUGAAGAGGCUCAACAAGUUCGUCAGCGAGAAGCCAAGAGUAUGAGCCAUACCAAAAUAACAGAAGGUGGAAAGGCUUCCCUGAAGGGAUCAGCCGCUGCUCUUUCUUCAACUAGUCGCUCCAAGCAGACUGAACCAUGCGCAUUCUGUGCCACGAAGAACCACACUACACGAAAUUGUCAGACAUCAAUUUCUCUGGAGGAGAAGAAGCAAAGAUUUCGAGAAGCAGGACGAUGUUUUCGGUGUUUGAUCAAGGGACACACCUCCAAAGAAUGUCGCAACACAAGAAUCAUGUGUGAAACAUGCGGGCGAAGGCACAUAACUCAAAUGUGUGACCCAUCCUGGAAGAAAAGUAAGAACACCGCAGCAGAGUUACACUCUUCGACUGGCGGGAAGAGCGAUGAAGCACCUGCUGUACUACUUCAAACAGCUCAGGUCUGGGCAGAAGGGAAACAGCAAAGAGCUCUCACGCGCAUCCUUUUUGACGGAGGAAGCCAACGAACCUUUGUGAUGGAAGAACUUUCACGUAAGCUGCAGCUCGAGGUUGUUGGUGAAGAAGACAUUACUAUUUACCCUUUUGGAGGAGCAGGAAACAUCAUCAAGGAAAAACGCAGAAGGGUACGAGUCUGGCUAAGGAGCCAGUACAGCCAAAAGAAGCACUGCCUAGAAGCUCUGGAGAUACCAGAGAUUUGCUCCGAUCAUCUUCUUCUACCUGAGAGUGUAGUGCAAGGAGUCCAAGUACAGAUAGCUGAGCUGGCAGACGUCACCUUGCCACCAGCCCAGUUAACAAGACGUGGCAUUGACAUUCUUAUUGGUGCUGACUACUAUUGGACCCUUGUCUCUGGUGAGGUCCAAAAAGUGCAAGGCGCUCUAGUCGCUGUCAAAACAGACUUUGGAUGGACACUUCAAGGACCGAUUCCCCAAAGCGGUUUGACUGCCUCCUGUUCUACUGCGGCAGUUCUGAAGGCCAAUGUGGGUGGAAGCACAUGCUCAUUGUCUACCGAGAUCCGGUCAUUUUGGGAGCUGAAAAGCAUGGGCAUCACCGAUCCUAACCUCCCACAAAAGGAAGAGGAGAAUGAAGUUGUCAGAGCAUUUACAUCAUCCAUCAAGCUAACUACCGGACGGUACGAGGUGGCCUUACCUUGGAAGCCAAUGAACCUUCAGCUGGCAGACAAUGAAGGAGUCUCAAGGAAGCGUCUGGUGACCCUCACAAAGAAGUUGCUUAGGGACGAUGUGAUGCUGCCUGAAUGCCAGCCCCAAGGCUUAUGGGGCUGUGGCGUACCUGUGCACGCAGACUGCACCAAUGAGGGUGACUUUGGUUUUGCCCAAGACCCGGGUGGCGCCGCAAAAGAAACUUUCUCUCCCAAGACUUGA